GGGGGUCUGUUUACUCAAAAAAAAAACAAAACUAUUUAAAAAAAAUUACAACAGAAUUGCGUUUGAAAAAACGCGAACGAAUACUCACUCGUUCGUUGGUCACUCAAUCAUCGCCACACCCGUAUAGUUAGGGCGGUAGGGUUUUUGCAUUGAUUCCUCUUUGGCUUCACCAUCCAUCGCCACAUACAGAAAGAGUUUUCUUCUUGUUGCCGUAACUAACUAACUAACAAUGGUGAAACCCUUACAACCAGAGAGAUCCAGACCAUUAACGCUGAGAAGACCUUCUUAUUCCAGGCCAGUCCACCCACGCCGUCACACCGGAGUUCGCAUUGUUGUCGCCGGUGACAAAGGAACCGGUAAAUCAUGCCUUAUUCGUACCGCAGCAUCUAAUAAAUUCCGUAACAAAAUCGAUUCCGUUUUGCCUCCUCAAAGGCUACCUAUUGAUCUCUUUCCUGAUAUUGUUCCGAUCAGAAUCAUCGACACAUCUUCCAGUGUUGAGGAUAGUGAUAAAGUUGAUGAAGAACUAAAACGAGCUAAUGUAGUUCUCCUCACUUAUGCUUGUGAUCGCCCUGAAACACUUCAAAAUUUGACCACAUUUUGGCUACCUCAUCUUCGUCGAUUAAAGGUUAACGUUCCAGUAAUAUUGGUUGGUUGUAAACUUGAUCUGCGAGAUGAAGACCAGCAUGUGGAUCUAGAACCAGUCAUGUCACCAAUAAUGCAGCAGUUCCAUGAGAUUGAAACAUACAUUGAGUGUUCAGCAUCUAGGCAUAUCCAGGUCUUGGAAGUUUUCUUCUUUGCACAUAAGGCUGCCCUGUAUCCCACCAUGCUUUUAUAUGAUCACGAGUCACAGACUCUAACGCCUCGAUGUAAGCGGGCUUUGAAGCGGAUUUUUGUCCUCAGUGACCGUGAUAGAGAUGGUGCCCUUAGCGAUGAUGAACUCGAUGAUUUCCAGGUUAAAUGUUUCGAUGUUCCUUUUCGACGAUGUGAACUUUUGGGUGUAAAAAAGGUCGUGCAGAAAAAUUUGUCUGAUGGUGUGAAUGAAAAGGGACUUACUUUGAAGGGAUUUCUAUUUCUUCAUACCCUUUUCAUAGAAAAAGGGCCUAUUGAGACAACAUGGGCUGUGCUCAGGAAGUUUGGAUAUAAUGAUGAUCUCAAGCUUUCUAAUGAUCCAAUUCCACAUUUGAAACGUGCACAUGAUCAGAGUGUUGAAUUGACAAAUGAAGCAAUUGAUUUCUUGAAGACAAUCUUUAAUGAAUUUGAUGGUGAUCAUGAUGGGAUGUUGCAACCUUGUGAGCUUGAAGAAUUGUUUUCUACUGCCCCGGAAAGUCCCUGGAUUGAAAACCCAUACAAGGAUGCUGUAGAAAGGAAUGCAUUUGGAGGACUAUCACUUGAUGCUUUUUUGUCAGAGUGGGCACUCAUGACACUUCUAAACCCAAACUUUAGUGUGGAGAACUUGAUAUACACCGGCUACCCUCGUGAUCCAUCAUCUGCUAUCCGUGUGACUAGGAGGCGACACGUGGAUCGCAAAAAACAACAUUCAGAAAGAAAUGUAUUGCAGUGCUUCGUUUUUGGGCCUAUGCAGGCCGGAAAAUCUGCAUUAUUGAAUUCUUUUAUUGGAAGGCCGUAUUCUGAAGCUUACAAUCCGACCGAUGAGGAUCAUUAUGCUGUGAAUGUGGUUGAUAUUUUUAGGGAAAACAAAAAAUAUCUUGUGCUGAGAGAGAUCUCUGAAGCUGGAGUCAAAAAGUUGCUGGCCAACAAGGAGUCUUUAGCAUCAUGUGACGUUGCAGUUUUUGUUCAUGACAGGUCUGAUGAGUCUUCGUGGAAGGCAUCAUGUGAACUCUUGUCAAAAAUUGUUGGUCAUGGAGAAGAGACUGGGUUUGAGGUGCCCUGCCUUAUAGUUGCAGCUAAAGAAGAUCAGGAUUCAUUUACAAUGGCUAUACAAGAGGCAACUGUGGUUAGUCAGGACAUGGGAGUAGAGGCUCCCAUGCCAACCAGUGUGAAGUUGGAGGAUUUCAACAGUAUAUUCCGUCGAAUUGUAACUGCUGCUGAGCACCCUCAUUUAAGCAUUCCGGAAACUGAAGCUGGAAAAACCCGCAAGCAAUUCCGCAGGCUUAUAGAUCAAUCUCUUAUGUUUGUUUCAGUUGGACUUGGAGUGGCCAUGGCGGUUAGGCUCGGUGCUGCUAAGAAGAAUGGUGCUGCUAGGAAAAAUGUGUCUGGUUAAAAGUCUUGUGAAUGGGUCAUGAUUCAUACCUUGAUAUGGAUGGAACCUGCUCUUGGAUUAAGUUACUAAUAUUUGCAGUACGUAGUUAUAAUAAUUAGUAUAUCAUAUAAUUAUCAGUGUAGUGGUUGUACGCGUUGGUAAGAUAUUGAAUUUGAAAGACAGUCAUGCAAGUAAUAUUAAUUAUAAUUAUAGGUUACUAUAAAUAUAAAUACAAGUAAUAUUAAUUAGAGCGUACAAUUAGAAAAAAUGUAAUUACUGUUCUAUUGACAAUUGAAAUCAGUUUCUCAUUUUGAGACAAUUUUAUUUUGCAA